CUCGCUGCCUCUUUCAUUCAUAGUUGUCACAUACAAAACGUUGUCAAGACAAAGAAAAACGGCAUUCCCAAAAUCAUUCGCUUAAGCAUUGAAGCGCGUCUAACAUCUGUUCAGCUUCAAAAACUAUGUGGUCGGCCUGGGUCAUAAUUUAUUUAAUAGUGCACAUUCACCAGCUAAUACAUUAUGGCAUGGCUUUGACCAUAACCACCAGUCACUGCUUCAAGAACGUCACCGUGAAACAUCAAGUGCCAGUGUCAAAGAGCCGCCUCAACUUGGAGACCCGCAAUUUGGAAUACUACGUCGAAAUGGAGGAUCGCGUGCGAGUGGAUACGGUACGCAUGUGUUGUCCCGGCUAUAGGACCAUCAUUUUUGGUCUCUGUGAACCCAUCUGCCAAAUCAAAUGUCCCCCCCACAGCCAUUGCUAUGAGCCAGACAAAUGCCAAUGUAUGCGUGGCUAUGAACAAUCCCAUAAUCAUCAUGUGCGCUCCAUCGCUCCCAGCAAAUCCUACAAUCUGGAGUGUAGGCCCAUUUGUGCGGGAGGUUGUACGGCGCCCCACACUCAUUGUGUGGGUCACAACGAGUGUGCCUGUCGCCCCGGCUAUAAGGAUGCUAGCCCUUGGUAUGCCCCCAUGCGCUGUGAGCGUAUUCAGUGUCCCGGUGAUCAAGUGUACGAUGUACAUCAGCGGAAGUGCAUACGAGUUGAAUUGAAUUUGGAGCAACUGAUGCAGAGAGUGGGGCGUAAGUUGGCAAAAGGACUUAACGAUGUGCAAUAUGAUGAUGAUGAGGAUGAAGAUUUAGGCAACAGCUUCAAAUGAGAAAAAGUUAAAUGGAAACUUUCAAAAGACUAAGUAGGCAUAUCCUUGUGUAUUUUCUUUUAGCAAUAAGUGCGUGAGUCCUGAUUUUAUUUAUAAGCCUAGCGUGUAGUGUAGUUUCCUAAAUGUAUUGUAAUGUGGUCUCAGUUUAUUGAAUUAAAUAAAUACAUCACAACAAAACGAAAAAAGUGCAAAAUAAA